CCCAUGGUUCCUACUGCUAUGACACCAUGCCCUGCAUCCCACCUUCAGCUAGGAGGUGAGAACUGGGUGUAAGGCUUGGGCUGCUGUUAGUUUUCCCCUGGGAUGGGGUUGGAUUUUGCUACUCUACAUGGAGUCAUUGAAAGCAGCCAUCAGGCGAGAAGAAGUUCGGAAAAAGAGAUAAGGACUUCUGGGUCUCUCGUGGACAGUGUAGAGCUGGUGACAAUGCUGGCCAGGAGCAGGGAGAGGGCAUUGCUGCCUGUCAAUCAUGGUGUGGUACUGGCAGCAAGAAGGGUCACAGGGCAUGUUGGUCCCCCUGCCAGUGGUGGAGAUGUCACCCCACCAGGAGCAGGAGCCCCAGACAGCCCAUCUGCUGGAACAGCAACCCACCUGCCCGCCUGCAGCCUUCCUCCUGCCGCUGGAAGCCAUCACCAUGCUGUGGGCAGCCGGGAGAGAGGCAAGAGGGCUCUUGCUUCUCCCAGCACCCCUGCAGCUACCGAGAGGACACCACCAGUUUUGGCAGCCAGCAGCACCGAUUUGGCUGAGAGGGUGCUGGACGGGCGCCACAGGGCCUGGGAUGUGGCAGGACUUGACAAUGUGACAAGAAUGGUGGUGCUGCCUUCAUCUGCAGAGACUCGUCACCCGGGCACCGGUGGUCCCUCUCAACCAGUGAGUGACUGGGUGGGCACGGAGCAGCCUGGCAGCCCUCCCACAGGCACUGCAGCCACUUCACCCAGCACCUCGGGGAGCAGCAGGGCGACGCUGCGACCCCUCCCCAGUAUCCCCCUCCCUGGCUCUCUGGGACAGCCCCAGUCCUCUCCCCGAGCUUCCAGUACCCAGAGUGGUGCAAACCACAUCAUGCUACACCCCAGGGAUGUCAUGGAGGACUCCACAAGCUCUUCGCUCACAGCAUUGCCUGCUACAGACAGCACUUUUGGAGCUGCUGAGAGCAGCAUCAGGGCUGCAGAAAACCCAGGGUCCAGUAUCCAAAGGGCAGUGCCCAGCUCCAUGGCUCAGCCCCUGGCCUCGGCUUCCUCCUCGGUGGCCGCAGCACAGGGACAUUUCCCCGAGCCCUCUACAGAGCGCCAGCUCGCUCCUCCUCGCCUGGCUUCGGAAAGGACUGCCAUGGAUAAGCUAGCCAUUGGAAGCAGCUACCAGCCAUCCAACAUCUCGGCCACGGAGAGGAGAGUUUCAGAUUUACCCACCACCAGCACCUCCGUUUCCACAACAGUCACCAAGGGUUCGGGGAGGACGUUAAGAUCUCUGCCAGCCAGCACCAGGUUGGCUGAUGCAGCAGAGAUUUCUACCUCUGGUACCAAAAUCAUCAGCUCCUCAGACCAGACCUGGACCCCUGGGAUGUCUUUGGGAGCACAGCGUGGUGGUGGCAGAGGUGCCACAGAACUAUUGCUUAUGGACUCGCCGUCUGCUUCGGAAAGCGCUUCCACAACCUUUAGCAGCAGCAGUGAUGAACCCAAGAGCAUCCCAGCUGCAGAAGAGGCAACGCUGCACUCGGAUGCCCACAAUGCUGACAUGCCCAGUGUGGCAGAGUGGUCACCGGGAUCCCCUGCAAACGGCCACACAGCCAUGGUGGCAAGGGGUUCUGCCACCAGCAUUGACCCCACCAGCUCUUUGAGGGGGACCUUCUCCUCCUUGGGGCCUGGAACACACCAUCCUAAUGGCUCACAGGAAGCCACUGAUCUCCCAGCGCCUCCUGGGGAGCCUUUGCUCACAAGCUCCCUCUCUGCUUCUGAAAGUACAUUCAGAGGUGUCAGAAGCAGCCACCAAUCAGUUAGCAACUCAGCAACAGAGAAAAAAACCCUUGCUUCCUCUCCCACCAAUGCUUUCAUUUCAGCCACGGCCACUGGCAGUGGCGGGAGACCCCCCAGAUCUGCCACAGGCAGCAGCCGAUGGGCAGCAGAAGUCUCCACAUCCAGCAGUGCCAUGUACGCGACCCUGGGCACUAUCCGAUCCUCGUCUGCGUCUUUUGUGAGAGACACCUCUGGAGUUCAUGGGCCCAGAGAGAUCACGGAUUUCACCGAGCGGGUGGCAGACCCUUCGCUAACACGCUCUCAUUCUCCUUCAGAAGGUCCUUCCCCAGCUCCUGGAAGCAGCCAUGUGUCAUUCAGCAUCCUGUCAACACCAAGAAGAACUGAUUUCCCAACCACCAGUACCUCCAUUUCCACAACAGCCACUAAGGGUGGAGGGAGGACGUUAAGGUCUCUGCCAGCCAGCACCAGACUGACCCAAACAACAGAGAUUUUCACCACUGGUACCGAAACCAUCAGCUCUUCAGACCAUACCUGGUCCUCUUUGAGAGCCCAGGGUGGUGGUGGCAGAGGUGCCACCAUGUUGUCCACAGACCCCUUGCUCAUAGGGUCGCCAUCUGCUUUGGAACAUGCUUCCCCAGCAGAAGGGACCGUGGCUACAGGAGGACACCUUCCCGAUGCUCCUCUCACUAGUACGCCCAGCUCAGUGAUAGCCACCAGUGGUGGGGAGAGGAGCACAGUCCCCGUGUCAGACGCCCGCACGGCAUCCAGCUCUGCUCCCAUUCCACCCCACUCCAGCUCCCUGGACGUGGCCCUUCUGCCGUCCUCAUCAGCAACAGAGCCUGGGAGGCAGAUCAAUGUUUCACAGGGUGGUGCUCGACUUGGUGAGCUUCUAACGAAGCCACUGCCUGCAUUUUCUCCCAGCAUUUCAGUGCCUUUGCCUUCACCAAGUGCUUCAGAGAGAGUAAGAAUUUCUGGUACUCCUACUGAGACCAUGUACGUCUCAUCCACACUCUCCAGCCAUGAGGAGGGGACAUCUCAGGCUGCAGCUAACCCUGGCAUGUGGAGCACAGUGGCAGAAAGCCCCACGUCUCACCCAGACACAGCUGGGGAGCCCCGCACUGGCCCCUUUCUAUCCUCCACGGCAUGGCCUGGGGCAGCACAUGUCUCGUCCAGCCGAACAGGGUACCCAGAGCCCAAGGUCACCCUUUCAUCCAGGGUCUCCACCUACUUCUCAGCCGCCGCUGAACCUUCCGCUGCAGGCAGCAGCCAUCACUCCCUAAGCAGCUCGAGCACUGAGGAAAGAAUGUCCGGCCCCAUCACUGAUCCUGCGUACGGUUCAUCCACAUCUGCUGGCAGCGGAGAGAGGACACUGCACUCGGUGACGGAUGGCACGCUGACCGGUGGCACGAGGAGCUCUGCUUCCUAUGCUGAAACUGCCAGCUCUGCAGGGCCGGCGCAGCCCGCGGAGCAGAGCGGGACGGCCAACACCUCCACCAGCAGCGGGGGCUUCACGGGCUUUGUGACAGAGACACUCUUCACACAUUCUUCCAAGAUACCCACUUACUCUUCUUUCCAAAACGAUCUCACAAGCUUUUCAAGUAGUCAUCAGCCAAGCAGUAGUAUCAAUGCUGAGAAAAGGACCUCAGUUUCUCACACGGACGGCACAUAUAUUUCAACUACGUAUACCAGAGGAGGAGAAAGGACCCUCCUGUCUAUCUCAAAUAGCAGCACAUCUGCUGACUCCUCAGAAAGUUCCACCUUUUUUUCUGAAAUUUCCAGCCCUUCUGAUUCAUCAAAAUCUUCCCUAGCACAGGACAGGAGGAGCAACGUAUCCAGUGAUGGCAGUUUUGUUGAACCAUCUACAGAGCCAUUGUUGGUACACUCUUCUAAACUGUUGACUUCUGCUUCUGCAGCCAGUGUGCAAAAUACAACUCUCUUCAACACUGACUCUGAUUUGUUGACCACUGGAAGAUCAUCUCUCUCUUCAUCAGCAUUUCCAGCCUCUUCCUCACUGCCAUCACUGCAUCACUCGCUGUCUUCAACACCACCACCAACUUAUCUGUUUACAUCAUCAGAAUCAUCUGAGCCACUCUCAUCGUCUGUGAUGGCAUCUUCACCCUCUAUGCAGGCUUUGUCGUCCUCCUUGCCCACUUCCUCAUUGCUUUCCCCAUCUUUUUCAUUAGCAUCUUUAUUGCCUCUGUUUUCAUCACCACCAUCCAUCUCGCAGUCCAAUGACAGUGAUCAAGCAAGCACCUCUGUAACUACGACUGUGGUCAGGCAGGUGUCUUCCACAGCUGCCGUGGCUGGGAGCUCAGCCAGAGGGACAAACAAGCACAAUGUCACGCAGCAGCCCCAAAACAACACCACUUUCACCUCCACUGGGUCUCCUCUCCCUACAGUGCCCAUGGAGCAGCUUGGUGGACACAUCAUAUCCAUGUCCGCUCCCACAACAGUAACAGAGGCCACCUCACCGAGAGCUGACACCACCCAGGGGGGCAGCUUUGGGAGGGCAACACCACUGCUCACCACAGCCAGCGAUGCCCCAAGGGCUGGGCUGACAGAUGCACCCCUUAGUCCCUUACCAAGUGCAACAAACCACAGCAUCAUUGUCCCAGCGGUGGCACUGACCACAGUGAAACCUCCGGUGCUAACAACACCGGCCAGUCAUCAGCCAACCCCAGGUGAUGCUAGCACCAUGAAAGCCCACAGACCUCAAACGCCCACUGCCACUAAGCACGUAUAUACCACUGAUGAAAGCACAGAAGCUGUGGACCCCACCACUGCAAGGCCUGGUAGAGUCACUGAGGAAAACAUCCCUGUUAUGAGUCCUUCUGAAGCCCCUCCAACCAGCAAGACCGCUGUGAGCAUUGCAACUACUUUGGCUGCUACCAAACCAACCACCACUCCUCUGUCAAGUAGCACGGCCAGGCUGAGGAUAUCAUCUCCGGCAACAGGUGUGGAUAAAUGUCUUUCCAACCCUUGUCCUGCGCUGGCCACCUGCAACAGCACUCGUGGUUCCUAUAUCUGUCAAUGUCCUCUUGGAUACGAGCUGGAAAAAGGAAAGUGCAAUUUAGUAAGAAUAUUUAUUGGCCAGGUCCCCUUGAAAUUUAAUAUUACCCAUGGGAAGUACGAAGAGCUUCUCCACAUCGAGGGUGAAAUCCUGGCUAUGCUCAAUGCCUCGCUGUCAGGGUUGCCGGGGUACCACCACUCCACAGUCAAGGCAACUAGGGAGGCAAAUUUUGUGCAUGUUUCAGUGCAAUCCACGUUCUCUUUAGCAUCCAACGUGACUUUCUAUGACGUUGUCAGCAGUGUGAAAAGCUACAUUCGAGCUUGCAAAUCCCCCACCGAAGCCUGCCAGUUCAUCUCCAGCCUGAAACCGCUCCACAGAGUUGGCAGCUUGUGCAAGCAGAAAGACCCUGAAUGUGACAAAGAAACUUCUGAAUGCACAGACUUCGAUGGAGUUGCCCUCUGCCAGUGCAAAAGUGGGUACUUCAAAUACAACAAGAUGGACCACUCCUGCCGAGCCUGUGAAGAUGGAUAUAAGCUGGAAAACGAGACCUGUGUGAGCUGCCCAUUUGGCUUAGGUGGAUUCAACUGUGGAAACCCAUAUCAGCUCAUCACUGUGGUGAUCGCAGCUGCAGGAGGGGGACUUCUCCUUAUCAUGGGCAUAGCACUGAUUGUCACCUGCUGCCGGAAGAAUAAAAAUGACAUAAGUAAACUCAUUUUCAAGAGUGGGGAUUUCCAGAUGUCACCGUAUGCUGAAUAUCCAAAGAACCCCCGGGCACAGGAGUGGGGCAGAGAGACCAUCGAGAUGCAGGAGAAUGGAAGCACCAAGAACCUGUUGCAGAUGACAGAUGUGUAUUAUUCGCCAACUGGACUGAGAAAUCCUGAACUGGAAAGAAAUGGACUUUAUCCUCCCUACACUGGUUUGCCUGGAUCUCGACAUUCAUGCAUCUACCCUGGACAAUACAAUCCAUCCUUCAUUAGUGACGAAACCAGAAGAAGAGACUAUUUUUAGCAGGGAGUGGAGAGGGUGUGGAAGAUUGACACAGUUUUGUGGCCCUUGAUCCCCAGGUACAAUCUAUCUCCUGGGCAGUUCAGCCCACAUCAGUCUUACUCUUCCCAUUUAACAGGAAGGACUUUGAACUUCAUGCCAAGCGUUGCUGCCCCGAGGAACAGUUACACUUACUGAACAGCAGAGAGAAGGAGGAGGAGGAGGGAGUGGCUCAAGGUGCACAUCACUAAAAGAACCAGAUGGAAGUUAACAUAUAUACUCCGGACUUGUUCUGUGCUGCUGCUUCACUCUUUACGCUACAUGGCAAGCAUGGAUCAGUGCAAGCAGAUGAACUGUGCCUAGCACUCUGCAUUGAAUACCACUAGGGAGUGUUUUGUUUACAGAUCUUGUUCACUGUUGACUGUGCUUGUCUUCUUAGCCAUCCUUCAUGCAAAGAUUCACUGUGCAACUGUUAUUGGUAGGGCAUGUUUGUCUGCCCCCUUUUACAUUGCAGCAUUGCUUUCUGCUUCAUACACAACAGGGAAGCUGGCUUGUCCUCUGGCCUUCACCUUCUUACUGGUAGAAGUUCUCCAAAUGGCUGGAUCCUUGCUGGUACCUGGUACCUGGUGAUACUGGCUGAAUUUAUGGGUUAAUAGUCUCCAAGGAGUUUGGGAAAGUUAGUCAUACCACUGCAAUUUUAACUGAAAGAACAUAGUUGAUCCUAUGUGCUGCUUUGAAAAUUCCCUGUAUAUAGGGAAGAGUCUGAGUAUGUCGCUGUUUGUCAACCAACAUUGUUCAGAAGUGAUGCCACUAUACGUCAUCACAAUGCUUCCGUAUGGGAUCUUGUGGGAACCCCAGGGAUUUAAAUGCCUGUAGAAACAUCAAUAUAGUGUUAAAUAGUUGUCACAGGGAAGAAAAAGAUGAGCUUGGAAUUCAGCAUGUUCCUUAUGAAAAAUUUGGGAAAGAGCAAUAACGAUAUAGCCCUGGAUGGGCAGGUGGAAGCUGAGUUCUGGGCACUGCAGGUGGGACAUAGUUUUGAAGCCUUAACUUCUGUAGGAGCUGUGGAGCCUUUCACUACACUGGAAAAUAAGGCUUAUUGCAGUCAGGUGCAUUUAAGGCAGAGAAAAACAUGAUGCUUUCAAUACUUGUGGAGCAAAGAUCACUUACGUUGAAGUGUUUUGCUUUCUUCCAUCCUAGUUUCGAGUGAUUCAGACCAGGCAGGUUUCCUCACCUAGGUGUGUUAAUUCAUACUCUAUCUUGGCAAAGCUGAAGAAUGUUAAGUUACUAUGUUUCUCAUCAAAGAUUAGAUUGAAAGUUAACCUGAGUCAUCUAAACCUUGUCUAGAUACAAGAUUCAUACAGGUCCUUCCCCUAAAUGUGACUGCACUUUUAAUUCAAGGUGGCUGCUUGUAUGAGGAUAACAAAUAGGACAAUUCCUUGGCCAUUAACCCACCAUCUCUGUAGUGCAUGCAUAAGCUAGUUUCGCUGAAGGGCACAUACCCUCUGAUAUUCCCUUCUCCCCUGCCAUGCUUGAAAAGACACGGUGCCUACAAUUAAGUUCAUAAGGUAGCUCAGCUCACUGAUGCGCUAAGGACAGUGGGAUGUGUCCCUCAAAGUGCCUAACCCCAAGUGAGAACAGCAGUUCAGAGGCUGACAUGUUGUGCGAUCGGUCCCUGGAGGCAAACCUGGGGGGAUGUGGAGCCCUCUAUCAGGGAGCAGGUAGUAGUACUUGCAUCCUACAGAUGCUGUGAGUCCCCAGAUCCUUUCCCAGCUCUUUUAACACUGUUGUGUUCCCUAUCAGAAGUGAGAAACAGCUACCCAGAGGAAGGGGAGCUAGCACUAGGCAAUCGUCAGCUGCGUGAGCUAAGAGGUUUCUGAUCCCUGCUCACAUUUACUUCUAUUUUCUCAAAACUGCGAGUCAGGAAAUGCACCACAAAUGUGCUGGAGAAGACAUAGUUUGGUGCACCAACCAUAGCACACAAAUGCAGUGUCUUUUUAUGCCUCACCUGUUAUCUACUAUGUAGAUACAACAGUGUGGACUUGCAGAAAAAUAGAUCAUUAUGGAUGUCUACGGCAGUAUCCUUUGCACUUACAUGAUCUUACGGUGACAAUGCAUGGAACUUCAUGCCUGUCUGAUCCAUAAUCAGCCUCACAGGUGAUAGUACACAGCCUAUCUCAACUGUAGGAGGGAGACAAAUGGAUGUUCAUGGGAAGUACAGCUGCCUAAAGAGCUGUAUUUAAGGAAAACUCUAGUUACAGUAUCCAAAAUAGCGUAACAGGUAAAGCAUGAGAACUAGCUGUUCCUUGCCAUGCUGAUCAGUGUUCCAGUCCAUGAAUUAUCUUCUCUCUUUCAUUAGCAGCCAGUAUCUUAAUUACACAGGAUCUGCUGGAUGAUGUGAACUAAGGGCUUGACCCUGCUGUGCUGUGGGGUCCUUCAAAGAGAAUAUUGGCAGGGUUGUUUCUGUGCGGGUGAGUUGCCUCUGGUUUUGAGAGUGCCUAGGACAGAAAGGACUACUUUUCCCAUGGUGUGGAGGAGGUUUUUGUCUGUGUUACAAAAGGAAGGGGGAAGCUGGGCUUCAUGCUAAAUCUAAAUCCAAAGCGUAUAGAAGAGCACUGGGCUCUGCCCCUAUUUACUAAAUCAGCUUAGCAAAAAUGAAGAGUGUCCUAGCCAUGGUGGUAGCAUUUAACCAGCAUUUUGUCAAAUAGAGAAGAGUUUAGACACAUGCUUAUAGGCAAAUAUGUUUAAUUGUUUGGUUAGUCCAAAGACAGAAAUGUUCCUCCGUGUGCCAAAUAUGAAGUAGGAAAUAUCAACUCACAAUUGCAGAUUAAAUCGUUCUAUAUAAAGAGUAACAUGGACUAUGUGAACAAAAUUCCUGGUCUGUAUCUCACAGCAACUUUCAAUAGAUUUGAGUGGAAAUGAGAUAGGACUGUUCCUAAUUGAGAUUACACAGAAGUUCGCAAGUAAUUAAUUUUCAUUUCUCAAUGAUCUUCAAAUUCUUAAUGCUGUAUAUGGAGUGAAAGGAUCUCAGUAAAUCCAGAAGGAUUUUCUGAGUGGGGGCUGCAAAACUUGGCCUUUUCCAAAAGACAGAACUUUAUUGCACAGAAAUUUUGUUGCUGCCAGAACAGGUACACAUUGGGAAAUUUCUUAGGAGAAUGUAUCCUUUGCAGCCUGACCUUCCUUUUUAGCUUUGGUAAGAAAAGAGUCACAGAGCCAGUGCAUAGUCCACAGGAGGAGGAAAGGAGUCUCUCCUGACCUGCAGCACCUUCUCUGGGUGUCAGGAGGCCCCACUCAGCAGGCAGGAGAGGAUUUAGACAGGUGUCAGCACCAGGGUGGGUACAGGUGCUUUCCCACAUGGUGAUCCAGGAAGUCUUUGCUCAGUGGAUGCAGCCUGGGGUGAUUCAGCCCCUGGGUCUCCGCUAGCCCAGCCGCUCCUUGUGCUGCAGUUUCCAUCUUCACCCAGGCCCCACCGGCUCCCAGCUCCACUAGGGCAGAAGCGGUGAGUUCACUGCAGUGUGUUUUGCCACAGUUUAUGACAGUUAUUUUACUGCAAUUAAUUACUACCACAUCCCAACAGUAACAGGCUUGUCUGGCCACAUCAGGGAUGGGAUCUGUUUCUGUACAGCUUGCCUCUGUUAAAGCUGCCAUUGGGAUCCUCUCUGUUUGCUUCCAUCUCUGCCAUAAACUAAGCACCCUCUGGCAGUGGAGUGGGGUUUGUUGCUCCUGUCGGAUGUGCGAGGUGUCUUCACAUGCCCUCCACUUUUGAAUGUGGAUGCUUCUUUGUUCAGCACCUAACUCCCCAUAAAAUGUCUAAAUCGGCUUAUUUCUUAGACUAUUUAGAUUAAUUUUAGCUACCCAAAUUUGCAAUUUGGGGUACUCAAGUAUACUGGAUGUUUUUGACAAGGGGGAUUGAUCUCUACUGUCCAAGAGGAUAAGAUAGAAGUAGCAUGUUUCUUGUAAGGAGGAUGCAAGUGGUUAAGGCAGAUGUGGGGAAAGGAAGAAAAACUACACCAACACUACACAGAAAUCUGCUCUUGCUCCUGGCUGCUGUGGAAAGCUAGGGGAGCAGUCAGCAAGGGCCCACAGGCAGAUGUGUGGUGUAUUUUUGAUUAACUUUGGAAAAAAUGCUAAUUAUGUUGCUUGACAGGAAAAGAUGUGGGAGGCACACCUUUGCUGACAUGGUGCUCUGCUGGUUGCCCUGACAAAAGCCUCUCACCAACAAAAAUACCCCUGGCAGCCAUCCUAGGAGAGGCAGCCCCAGUGAACAGAGCAGCAAAACACAGCGUUGAGGGAUCAUUCAAAAGGGAGGCUCAUACGCACAGCCUUCAUGUACCACUGCUCGCCCUGGCCGGCCCUCCCAGCUGCACUGGAAAAUUCAGAGGCCUUUUUCAUACUGUGGAAAACCUCACAGCACUCAAUUGGGCUAUAUGAGGAACAAACAGGACAGGGGCAUUUUGAUGCCCUUUGCCCUCCACAUCUAAAGCAUUAGGUAACACAGCAGCAAUGAAUCUCAUUGCUGUUUGUGGCCAUUUCCCACAACACCUAUUGUCACCGUCAUGUACUGAGUCACCCCUUGUGACCUGCCUUCUGAAAGGUAAUUGCCUCCACAAUGUGUGGUAAUAAAAAGCUUUAAAAUAUAGCAAUAAAUUGCAGUUAGAAAGGUGUUUCUCGUGAAAUUGUUUGUGCCAAUACUUGUAAGGGGUUUUUGCCAGUACCUGAGAGAGCAGCAGUGUGGUUUGGACAUUGCUGCAGACACACCAAGUGCUUCCCCAGAGCUUGCUUCUAACACUGGUCAAUGGCCACAUCCAUUCCAAAUCAAGCUGGACUUCUCAUUCCCUCAUAGUGAUGUUUAAUCUUUAGUUUUCUUCCUUAAGUUAACAAGAACGGAUGCAUUUUACUUAAAUGCUCUUCCUAUGCUGGCUAAUGUUUUUUCCUCUUUACACACAAAGGACCUAAUCCAGCAUCCAUUAUAGUGACGGGGUAAUACUCACAUGGACUGCAAUGAAGUUUUUUUUAGGCCUGAAUUAUUCCACUACGAGGGCCACCUGUGUGUAGUACAUGCUUUUCCAUGGCUCUGUGUUCUGCCUAUUCCUGUGAUACUGUUGCUGCCUCUGCCUGUGGUAUUUAUUUUUUAAAAGUAUACUUGUUACUGUAAGCAGGACCUGUAUUAUGUGAGAUUGAACAAAACCAGGUUCAAGAUCUGAAACAUCUUCCUGAGAAGAGAAAGAAUGUGAAUUUUGUGUAGCUGUUUUACUGAUCAGCCAACCUGUUUCCUAUCAUGUAAGAUCUUCUAGGGAUGUUGAGGUGCUUCCUGCAGUCACAGAUAAGAACUGUUCCUCAGUUCACUCUUACUUGUCCCUUUAGAAAUGAAGCAAGAUGUCCCAGUUUCGAAAGGGGUAUGUCCUGUGUGCUUGAAAGUUUUUGGGAGCUUUGCAAUGUGUAUUUAAUUCUUCAUUCUAUUGAACUGCUGAAAUUGAAAAGCAGGACAGAAAUCCAAGGUGCAAGAAAUAACAGGGAAAAAAAAAAGAAGAAAGAAAAGGAAUAUGUUUACUUGUUUUGCAGAAGUAAACAUCUAAAGUGAGUGUGGCUUCUGUACUGUAAGGUCAUAUGUGGGAUGACACCUCUUCUGUGUCUAGUUUGUGUUGCAUAUGCGUGAUCUCUUUGUUGAGGGAAAACGUAGAGAGGGUGCCUGAAGUUCCUCAAAAGUAGUAUGUAAAUGCAAAGUCCUUUGGUGUUUAUUUUGGUAAAAUGCUAGAAAGGGAUGGGAGUCUUGCUUGGGUUAAUGACUGCAGCAGGCAACCCCCAGAUCUGCAAAAUCCUGUAUGGAAAAGUCCUGUGGAAUACAGUAAAAACUGGUCACUUCUGUCAAGCAGUGCCAUAGAAGUCACCUGACAUAGAAGGUCUCCAAUAAAAUCUGCUGGGAUGGGUUUACUUUAAAGAAAAAAGUACUCAACUGAAUAAAUACUUGUUUCCUUUUUUAAAGGAAAUACUGUUAAACUUGGUCAUUUGUUUAAAGCCCUGUUAAAUUCUACAGGACUUUCUCCUAACAGAAGGUCAGACUUGUGUGUAAAAUCAUAAUGGUUUAUUUGAGCAGCUUUCAGAAUUGCAGUAGUAAAGCUCACCUUUUGUGAGCUCUAUUUCAAUAAGUAAAUUUUCAGCAUUUGUUUGUGCUUCUUUUAUCAAACUGAAUGUAAAUCUGCUUUAUGUUCUUGACACUGCCCUGUUUCCUUCCCUGUAGCUCUGAAUGUUUGCUUCCAAGUCACUGAAGUUCUGAGGACAUCUUCCAAACCAGUAUUAUUUAAAGUUGUAUCAUAUUUUCAGCCUCCACUAAUUAUACAGUACUGUAGUAGCAAAAUAUAAUUUUUAAGGAUUGGAUUAUUUUUAUACCUGCAUCCAAUAUUAUUAAAUCUGGCGUUCUAGUCAGUAUUAUAAAAGGAUACAAUAAAACUAUGAAUAUUA